AUGGAACAACUUCACGAUAAACAGCAGCAGGUUGACACCUCUUCUGAAGACAAAUCUAGAUUAUCCCAGAAGAGCCAACAAUAUGAGAUCAUUUGUAUUGGUUUCGGCCCUGCAGCCCUCGCAAUUGCCAUUGCGAUGCACGAUCGAGGUCUCACAAACAAGAACAUCCUUUUUCUUGAGCGCCAAAACGAGUUCGGGUGGCAUACGGGAAUGCUUCUCCCUGGAACGAAGAUGCAGAUCUCGUUCAUGAAAGACUUAGCUACGAUGCGCAAUCCGCAGUCAUAUUUUACCUUCGCGAAUUACCUUCACAAACAUGACCGUCUCGCAAAUUUUAUAAACUUAUCCACACAUACACCAUUUCGAGAGGAGUUCAAUGACUACAUGAAGUGGUGCGCAUCGCACUUUGGUAACCGGGUUUGCUACGGUCAAGAGGUGGUCAAAGUCACCCCUAGCAAGACGAUUUCACCCAAUCAGGCUGUAGAAUCCUUCUGGGUGACUAUACGAGAUGUUGCAUCGGGCAACAUUCAGCAUCUCAAUGCAAAGCACGUUAUCGUGGCCAAUGGUGGCGAGAUGUCAAUUCCUGAAGGGUUGUCGAACUCCCAACUCAGUGAUCGUGUCAUACAUUCAUCGCAGUAUUUGAAAAUUGUGCCCAACAAAUUCAGAGAUGAGAGCUCUCAGUGCCGCUUUGCCGUCGUGGGAGGUGGACAGAGCGCCGUAGAAAUUGCAGAGGACUUGCAAUCAAGAUAUCCCAGAUCACAUGUGACCCUAGUUUUUAGGGAUUCGGCUCUAAGACCGAGCGAUGACAGCCCAUUUGUCAACGAAAUAUUCGAUCCUGCCAGUGUGGAUGAGUUUUACUCUCUCAAACUAGCAGACCGGAAACAAAACCUAAUCAGAAACAAAGCUACCAACUAUAGUGUUGUCAGAAUGCAUUUGAUUGAAGGGAUAUAUGAGAAGCUCUACCGACAAAAACUUCUAAAGCCGGAUCCUCGUGACUGGACACUCACCCUAAUGCCAAACACUGAGGUUACCAGCGCCGUGUAUUCGGAGGCCUCAUCCAAUCAUCCAUUGAAACUUCAAUUAAAAAAUACAGUCACUGGAAUAAACAGCAUUACACAAGAUGGUUUUGACCUGAUAGUUGCAGCGACAGGGUACGUGAGGAACCCAUUCAUGGGGAUACUAGAGGAUUUAGCACCGCUUCUAUUGCCAGGAUCACAAAAGAAGGGCAACCUGGUACAAAGAAAUUAUCGUCUCCUUUUUCAACCUGGAUCUGUUGUUCGUGAUGCAGGUGUGUGGCUACAAGGGUCAUGCGAAGGUAGCCAUGGAAUCAGUGAUAGUCUUCUUUCUAUACUUGCUAUACGUGCAGACGAAAUAUUGGAUUCGCUACUCUCCUGCGAGAAAUCGGUAGAAAAUCGAGCAAGGCUCUAAAGAGUGGCUCUUAUACCUCUUGAGUUAUAGCUUGCUUUGUACCCUGUCCAUACAUAAAGCCACGUUGAUGUGUCCUUUGAGCCAAGAAUUAAUACCAGAAAACCUGAGCUGCCUGCUUGAUUCUAGCCCUAUUAAGCAAAUAGAACUGAUUUUCUUCGUUGUGUGUGAUUUUGAAGUUUUUCUUCGUGUCUACCGUUUUGGGCACAUCAGAG